UCUUCUCGUGCUAAGAAAGUGUCCAUCAUUGUUUGAUAUCUUAGUCCAUUCUUCAGUCUGACAAUGGAGCCGGUCGCCGAUGGCCAAUACCACACUCAGCAAAUUGCAAGCGAUGAGAGACCCAGCACACCGCAAUCAGAUGUGCGGAUGAGCCUAGCACUACCCGGGGAAUCUCCGCCCUCGGAAAUGGUGCUUGCCUGCUCGGAAGGAUACUCCAAUAAUUCGGUGGUUCCAAACACAAUCCAAGCCUCAGGGAGGAGGAUAUCUCCGUUCCACGGAGUCACAAGCGGGAGAGAUAUUGCGCUCUACCGCGACAGGGAGCGUUCUUCUACUAACCCAGGCUUUGGAGACCCAUUCGACGGAGAAGAGUUGAUGCUACACAUGGCCAAAAUGACACUGGAACUGCUGCGAGGGCUCUCAACCAGGAAUGCGGAAGGCCAUGUGAAAGCCACCAUCGGCCAGCAGAGGCGUUCCCAUCGUUUGGCCCAAAAAGCCCGUAGGGCCACGAGAUGGAUAUACCGUUCCGUGCAGCAGAUUCAAAAACUCGGACAGAGCCUGGAUGAUCAAGCCGAGCUCUCCCCUGCGAUGGCAGGUGGUCCCGGGCCGGUAUGGGCUCGAGCACCAAGAUAUCCCCUUCGCAUUCGAAUACCCUCGACCCUUGCUCUGGUGAUGCGAUUCCUACCACAGGGUGUUAAACGGUCAAUUAAUCUCCGUGACCGCGCGGAUGUGGCGAGAGUCUUCGUUGCCCUGGUGGAUCACUGGUUAUCUGAGGCUGGCGGGGAAGGUGCUUUGACCAGCCGGGAAACUACGAGGCAGCUUGCAAGCGCUGAGAAGUCUGCCAAGAUAGUUGAGGCAGAAUAG